GCAAAAAGGGAAUCUGAUCUUCAAGGAAUCCAAGUCAAACUUCAAGGGCAUGAAGCAGCCCUCAACUCUAAAGAAGCUGCACUGGCCACAGCCCUUGGUGAUAAGAAAAGUCUGGAGGGAGAAAUUGAGAAUUUAAAAAAUCAAAUUAUGCAGCUUGAGGUUUCUUCAGCUGCUGCCAGAGAACAGCUUGCAAGCGAAACUUUACAGAAGGUGGAUCUCGAAAACCGUUGUCAGAGUCUCAUUGAGGACUUGGAAUUCCGUAAAAGCAUGUAUGAGAAGGAAAUCAACGAAGCAAGAAGGAAAUAUGAAACUCGCUUAGUUGAAGUUGAUUCUGGGCAUCAAGUUGAGUAUGAACGUAGACUGGCCCAAGCUCUUAAUGAAAUCAGAGAGCAGCAUGCUGAACAAGUGAAGCUGUACCAACAAGAGCUUGAACACACUUACCAUGCCAGACUUGAGAAUGCUAGACUGUCCUCUGAGAUGAGCAAUUCUGCAGCCAACUCAGUAAGAGAACAACUGAAUGAAAGUCACAUACGACUUGAUAAUCUGUCUUCCCUUCUCACCAGCCUUCAGAAAGAGUCUAAAGCAUGGCAAGAGAGAGCGCAAGAGCUUGAGGAAAGCUUGGCCAAGGAACGGGAAAACUGUCACAAAAUACUGUCUGAGAAAGAGAAGGAAAUGGCAGACAUGAGAAAUAAGAUUCAGGAGCAGCUGUGUGACUAUGAAGAACUUCUGGAUGUUAAACUGGCACUUGAUAUGGAAAUCAGCGCGUACCAGAAAUUGCUGGAGGGUGAAGAGGAGAGGUUGAAACUUUCUCCAAGCCCAUCUUCCCGAGUGACAGUUUCACGGGCUUCAUCAAGCCGUAGUGCGUGUACAAGCACCAGAGGGAAGAGGAGGAGGAUUGAUGUGGAGGAAUCUGAAGCCAGCAGUAGUGUUAGCAUUUCCCACUCAGCUUCUGCCACUGGAAAUGUCACUAUUGAGGAGAUAGAUGCUGAUGGAAAAUUCAUCCGCUUGAAGAACACCUCUGAACAGGAUCAGCCUAUGGGAGGUUGGGAGAUGAUCCGAAAAAUAGGGGACACUUCUGCUAGUUACAAAUAUACCUCAAGAUAUAUACUAAAGGCAGGCCAAACUGUUACAAUCUGGGCUGCAGAUGCUGGAGUAACUGCUAACCCUCCCACUGACCUCAUCUGGAAAAACCAGAAUUCUUGGGGCACUAGUAAAGAUGUGAAAGUUGUGCUGAAAAAUUCUCAGGGAGAGGAGGUUGCUCAAAGAAGCACUGUCUUUAAGACAACUGUCCCUGAAGGGGAAGAGGAAGAAGUUGAGGAAGAAGUAGCUGAAGCUCUGGAGGAAGAAGGCCUUCACCACCAGCAGGCAAGCACAAGGACAUCUAACAGAAGCUGUGUGGUCAUGUAA